CAUUUAGCUGUUGCGAUUUUCCCCGCAAUGGAUUGUUCAAUUUGAAUCAAAAUUAAAUUUUAAAAAUAUUACUGUUUUUUGCUUCAUUAUUAGCUGUGUCUUAUAGUAUUUGAUCACCUCAUGAAUUGUUUUAAACUACGUACUAUGUAUACUCUUUGCGCUUGUUACAAACAAGUCUCUCUCCUUUUUCUUUAGCAUAUAGAAACGAAAUGAUUAAUUUUUCAAAGUGGUUUUAAAUUACGCUACUAAGUUUUAAGUCAUGGAUCUUUGUUUUGUGUAGAAUUUUUGAGGAUUGAAGUCCAUAAGGUUGUCAUCGAACGUAGUGGUUGGUUCGAUCUUUGCGGUUAAAGAUUAUUAAAGAGGAUGAUUCGAUGGAUAAAAAGGAAGCGAGGAAAUAUAAAGGUCACGACGAAGUUUCUGCGGAAAGAAAUUUUCUUAAGGAUCAACAAUCUGUAGGUGAAAAAGAAGUAAAUGGCUUUGAGAACCAGAUACGAUCAAAGGACGAGGAAAUACGACGUCUUGAGCACGAGCUAGCUUUGAAGGACGAGGAAAUGCGACAUCUUAAGAGCCAACUAGAUCUUAAAGAGAAGGAAUUUGCGAGGCUGAGGAUUGCUAUUCAGUCUGCUUGUACCGAUCUGGGCAACGCAGUUACCACUGUUGAGGAUGCUUUUAAAUCUACAAACACAGUCCUCCGAAGAAAGGUUGCUUUCAUUCAUCCUAGUAGAGAGGCGAUCGAGCUCAAUUGUUGAUUCCUGUGCUAGGCAAGGUCGAGAUAGAGUUAGACAGUUGAUAUCUUGGCUUGUUCAAUCCUUUCUACUU